AUGUCGCUGCUGAUGGCGAAGAAGAUGGGUUUGUCUUGGCUCGCAGCUGGGGAGAAAGAUGGUCGGCCGAGAGAGGGGAAGCCUUUGGCGUGCGGCGGUCGAGGGUUGGUGUUGAUGGAGGAGCUGGGUCUGCUCGGGUUGGAUGAAGAGGGUCCGGCUGGAAGAGGAAAAAUGGUGGCUGAGCUGCUUGGUGAGGGAGAAGACCGAGGAAGGGAAGAUGAGCAUAAACGGGGUGAAGAAGAUGAAACAAAAAUCCAGCCCUGGGGGGAGACGUACUAUUUCAGAUUAGCAGGCAAGGUGUCAAUCAUAACCGGUGGCGCGAGCGGCAUAGGAGCAAGUGCAGUGCAACUUUUCCAUGAAAAUGGUGCUAAGGUCGUUCUUGCCGAUAUCCAAGACAACCUAGGCCAAGCCCUUGCUCAAAAACUUGGUGAAGAUGUUUGCUACAUCCACUGUGAUGUUUCAAACGAAGAUGAAGUUAGCAAUCUUGUAGACGCCACCGUUAAAAAACAUGGUAAGCUUGAUAUAAUGUAUAACAAUGCAGGCAUCCUCGGUCGUCCUUUAGGAAGCAUUUUGGACACCCCGAAAUCAGAUCUAGACCGCCUAAUUAGUGUAAACCUGGUAGGUUGUUUCCUUGGAGCCAAACAUGCAGCUAGGGUCAUGGUAAACCAAGGUCAGGGUUGCAUUUUAUUCACAGCCAGUGCUUGUACAGCUAUUGGUGGACUUGCAACUCCCGCUUAUGCAGUGACCAAACAUGGUAUCGUGGGGUUAGCGAAAAACUUAGCGGCUGAGUUAGGGCAGUAUGGUAUAAGAGUAAAUUGUGUUUCGCCUUAUGGAGUAGCAACCCCCAUGUAUGAGGGAUUUUCAGCAGAUACUGCGCCAAUGAUAGAAGAAUCACUGGAACAAAUGGGUAAUCUAAAGGGGAAAAUUCCCAAGGUGGAAGACAUGGCCAGGGCUGCACUAUACUUGGCUAGUGAUGAAGCAAAUUAUGUGAGUGGGAUGAAUCUUGUCGUGGAUGGUGGGUUCAGUGUUGUUAAUCCUACAAUGAUGAAAGCUUUGUACCCCGCUAAAUUAUAA